AUGUCUCCCCAGCAACACCUAGACAUAUCUCCCCAGCAAGACCUGGGCGUAUCUCCCCAGCAACACCUAGACAUAUCUCCCCAGCAAGACCUGGGCGUAUCUCCCCAGCAACACCUAGACAUAUCUCCCCAGCAAGACCUGGGCGUAUCUCCCCAGCAACACCUAGACAUAUCUCCCCAGCAAGACCUGGGCGUAUCUCCCCAGCAAGACCUGGGCGUAUCUCCCCAGCAAGACCUGGGCGUAUCUCCCCAGCAACACCUAGACAUAUCUCCCCAGCAAGACCUGGGCGUAUCUCCCCAGCAACACCUAGACAUAUCUCCACAGCAAGACCUGGGCGUAUCUCCCCAGCAAGACCUGGGCGUAUCUCCCCAGCAACACCUAGACAUAUCUCCCCAGCAAGACCUGGGCGUAUCUCCCCAGCAACACCUAGACAUAUCUCCCUGUAACACUCAAGACCUGGGCGUAUCUCCCCAGCAACACCUAGACAUAUCUCCCCAGCAAGACCUGGGCGUAUCUCCCCAGCAACACCUAGGCAUAUCUCCCCAGCAAGACCUGGGCGUAUCUCCCCAGCAACACCUAGACAUAUCUCCCCAGCAAGACCUGGGCGUAUCUCCCCAGCAAGACCUGGGCGUAUCUCCCCAGCAACACCUAGACAUAUCUCCCCAGCAAGACCUGGGCGUAUCUCCCCAGCAACACCUAGACAUAUCUCCCCAGCAAGACCUGGGCGUAUCUCCCCAGCAACACCUAGACAUAUCUCCCCAGCAAGACCUGGGCCAAGACCUGGGCGUAUCUCCCCAGCAACACCUAGACAUAUCUCCCCAGCAAGACCUGGGCGUAUCUCCCCAGCAACACCUAGACAUAUCUCCCCAGCAAGACCUGGGCGUAUCUCCCCAGCAACACCUGGACAUAUCUCCCCAGCAAGACCUAGACAUAUCUCCCCAGCAAGACCCGGACAUAUCUCCCCAGCAACACCUGGACAUAUCUCCCCAGCAAGACCUAGACAUAUCUCCCCAGCAAGACCCGGACAUAUCUCCCCAGCAACACCUGGACAUAUCUCCCCAGCAAGACCUAGACAUAUCUCCCCAGCAAGACCCGGACAUAUCCCCAGCAACACCUGGACAUAUCUCCCCAGCAAGACCUAGACAUAUCUCCCCAGCAAGACCGGACAUAUCUCCCCAGCAACACCUGGACAUAUCUCCCCAGCAACACCUAGACAUAUCUCCCCAGCAACACCUAGACAUAUCUCCCCAGCAAGACCCGGACAUAUCUCCCCAGCAAGACCUAGACAUAUCUCCCCAGCAACACCUGGACAUAUCUCCCCAGCAACACCUGGACAUAUCUCCCCAGCAAGACCUGGGCGUAUCUCCCCAGCAACACCUAGACAUAUCUCCCCAGCAAGACCUGGGCGUAUCUCCCCAGCAACACCUAGACAUAUCUCCCCAGCAAGACCUGGGCGUAUCUCCCCAGCAACACCUGGACAUAUCUCCCCAGCAAGACCUAGACAUAUCUCCCCAGCAAGACCCGGACAUAUCUCCCCAGCAACACCUGGACAUAUCUCCCCAGCAAGACCUAGACAUAUCUCCCCAGCAAGACCCGGACAUAUCUCCCCAGCAACACCUGGACAUAUCUCCCCAGCAAGACCCGGACAUAUCUCCCCAGCAACACCUGGACAUAUCUCCCCAGCAACACCCGGACAUAUCUCCCCAGCAACACCCGGACAUAUCUCCCCAGCAACACCCGGACAUAUCUCCCCAGCAACACCUGGACAGAAAAGCUGGACUGUUACUUGAACUUUAA